GCAGAAAUAAAUCAUACGUGUGAACAAUAGUUCAGCAUGUGUACAGGCAUAACUCUCCCGACUCACGCAUACGCGAGCACAUAUACCAGUCCCUUUCAUCCGAAGCCAACGUCGCGCUCGCAUGCGGCGGAAUGCAAAUGCGACGAUCGUGGACACGGCGCAAUCUCCCAUAUCUCAGCGGCGAUUCUCGUGUAAGAGCCGCCAUUCGCGAUUCCGCAACCGGUCCCGCAGAGCCCUUGCGGCCUCGGGAGACCGUGCGCGGGAGAUCGCCGCGUCGGGGCGGGUGGAGCUCUUGACUACGUAAGGGUCUACGUAAGGGCGUCUCGCGAGCGGCCGAGUUAAUCGGGCGAUAAAUUAGCGCGCAUAAAGUCCGCGAGCCCGCGACAACCCCCUGCGAUAAAGAUCGCCAACGGCGUAUCGCGACGACGCAGCGCGACGUUACAGCGCCGAUAUCGCGCGCGCGCGACCUUGAAGCGCUCGACGUAUUAGGGCAUCGCCGGGCGGACCCCGGCCCGGAAAAAAGCCCGCUCUCGGUGGAAACGCCGCGAAAGCCGGAUUCCGAUCUCCGUCGCGACCUCGAAGACACUCGCGUGACCAGUUUGGCUCGUCUUCGAGGGCGGCGGCCCUCGCGGCUUCGCGAAUUCGCCCGGGCUCGGAGGAAGAGGAAGAAGAGGAGCAAGGCACGCCGCCAGGGCGUGGUUGCACACCACCGGCACCGGCGUAUAUAAAGUGUCCUGGCCGGCGUGUCGAAUAUAACGCGGAUAUACCGCGAGUAUCGUCGAUACGAUCGCCAUGAGGAAGAUCGCAUCCGUAAGUGCUGGCACCUCCUCGCGACAGCUCCUCGCGUAGGGAAGAGUACUCCGUUGCCGCGCCGGCCCUCUCUCGCAACGGUGAUCUCGCGCCGUCGGUCUAGCCGUGAGAAUUAUCCUCGCGACUAGACGAGCGAACCGCUUCGCCUCUCUGUAACAUCAUCCGGCGAUACUAAUCUGUAACAUUAAACGCCCGACGUGUCUCGCGCGAAAUCGACAGAUCGCGCGAACCGCAACAGCCUACACAUCUUUGUUCUGCCGUAGUUUAAAAUUACUCGCGAUAACACUGUCUCCUGAGCACUGCCAACUGUUAAUAAUCGUGUUGUCGAUUAAAAGCCGAGUUUCGAGCAUCGACUCGAUGCAAUUCGACUCGGAUGGAACGUCGUCGACUCGGCUUGACUCGAUCUCUCUAAGCGCGUCUCCGAUCGCCGCAUAUUUCCAGCUCGUCCUUGUCUGCUGCCUGAUCGCGACCGGCUAUGCCAGGCCGCCGGUAUUCCUCGGCUACCAAGACAGCCUGGGUCAAUAUAGUUUCGGCUACAGCGCGCCGGGCUCGGCGAGGUCGGAGGUCAGGACGGCCAACGGCGCGACCAGAGGCGCUUACAGCUACGUCGACGCGACCGGUGUCAUCCAGACCGCGCAGUAUGUCGCCGACGGCGAGAACGGAUUCCGAGUGAUCGCCACGAAUCUGCCGCAGGCGCCGCUGCCGGUCCAGGACACGCCGGAGGUGAUGGCCGCGCGCACAGCGCACCUUCAGGCUCUGGAAAUGGCGAGCAAGAGGGUGGACGCGCAGAGCCACGAGGGGAAUCCGGAGAACGCGAGGAAGAUCGAAGGGACGCAGGCCGAUGUGAACAUGGACGAGCCGCGGAAACAAUCGGAAGUUGAAUCGGUGGGAAGCACGACGAAAGAGCAGGAGAAGCAGAGAGCAUCGGACAACGCAGCGAACGUUGGUCCCGACAAGGAUAACGGCGAGAGCCUGCAAGCGGUUGCCUCCAGGAGCGAUGCCGAUCGGGAGAAUGAGAACAAGCACAUUCGUGAGGAAUUCAAAGGAAAGGUGACGCAGAGGAUCAGCGACGGCGCAAACAUCCCGGCGAUUCCAAUAAUCUCCUCUCACGUGCUGCUAUCUCAGGCAGCGCAGCAACACGCGGUGCCGGUAUUUCGGAUCUCCCAUGGAAACCACGAGAUCGAGCCUUCCGUCAUACCGGAAUCAUCGAUCGCUCAAGACGUUUCCGGCACGAUCACACCAGCGGGAACAGCCCUGAAGGGCGCAGCGAAUUCGACGAAGACAGCCGCAGCGCCGGAGGAGAAACAAACGUCGUCGCAGGGUUCGAGCGGACAAGCUGACGUCGCGAACACCUUGAUCGCGCCGUUCAACGUGAUCCUCCCGUUGAGUUCGUCGUAUUCGACUUUCUUCCGAUACAUAUCGCCGGCGUCCCUUCGCUACGUCACCUACAACGUCCUGUAAACACGGCAGCGUCAAAAAUGCGAUCCAUCGUGCUCUCUACUCUGAACCUCGAAAACAACGAGAAGACAUGAACGCUGACUUUCCGCUGGAAACGCGCUCGUUUCAAGUGUUUCUCAGGAUGUAACUCACGUCGCUUUUGCUUCCCGAGGGAUCGAGCGAUCACUGACAUUGGCUCUCUCUCUCUCUCUCUCUCUCUCUCGAGAGAGAGAGAGAGAGAGAGAGAGAGCUGCGUGUGUGUGCGCGUCUACGCGCGAUA